AAUCGGAACACGGACCAUUCGAUAAAUUCACGUUCAGUUGGAGGACUCAAAUUUUCCUAUUUUCUGAGAAGGAAGGACGCAAAGGAAGCUGAAAGAAGAUGCUGAACUCCACGAAAAGUAGCAGACUUUAUUCAACAGUCAAACAGUUUACAUCUUAGAGCACCGAAAUAAAAUAUCUUCCUUAAAAGUUAUCUUAGUCUUGUACAUCAUUCAAUUUUUUAACGAGCAGAGCGGUUCAACGCUCCACGGGCACCCGAAUUAGACAAACUCCCUAAACCCACCAAUAGAAACGUAACAUAGAUUUUUGGUGACAGCAGUGGGAUUAUCUAAAAUAAUAUUGCCGGCCCGUGAAAAGUGCACCUCUCUCUCUUGGAUUUUUACAUGGCUUCCCCAAGAGUAUGCGGGUGAUUUUGAUAAUCCAUAUAAGUCAAGCCGUAAAUUACACGUACUAUCUCAUAUGAAAUCAAAAGGAGGAAGGACUUUUACAACCCUGGAAGCAGCAGUUACAACACUUGGACCUAAACAUCCCUGGAAACAACAGUGCGGUACCAGGACUUUACCAUCCCUGGACGUAACAGUGACGACAGUUGGAAAUGGCAACAAUGAUAUCUCGACGGAAGUAGUAACGAGGAUUUCAAACAACAGCGGCGAGCAAUUAGAAUCAUCAGGGUUUGAUUUAGGGGUUGUCUCGUUGCAAUUUCCUGGGACUUCAAUAUAUAAUUCUGAUAGGGAAUCAAUAUCUAUUGGUGACCCAACAAUUCAUAAUACGCUUCCUAACUUUCUUGAAUCUCGUGCAGCAAUAUCACACACAUCUCUUUUAGUGGCAAACUUUUUGAUUAAUUUUAUCCCUGAUUUCAAUGGGAAGGAAAGUUUUGCUGAUCAUUUCAUAGACAAAUGUACAAUGGCUAUUUCUAUAGUUGGACUUGAAGAUAAAAAUCUCUUGUUAACUUUAGCUAGAAGCAAGAUUACCAGAGAUGAACCAAAUGAAGUUUUUAGAAUAGUAAAAAAUAAAACCCCGAAAGCCAUUGAGGAAUUAAUUAACCUAAUGAAAUUAACUUACAAAUCUAAAUCAGCAUGGAACGAAUAUUAAACGAGUUAAUGGGAUGCCGACGUGUAAAACCCUUAGGACAAGACAUACCAGAUUUAGAUACCAUGAUUAUGUUAGCUGUUCGAGCAGAUAAACAAAUAAACCAGGAAUCUGGACAUGAUUUAAAAAUUAAAAGGGACAAGUCCAGAUGAGAACAGGAAUAACUACAUGUGAAAAGGCUACUGUCCUAGACAAUAUAAAUACAGUUAACACUAUAACACAACUAAAUGUAAAUAUUGUGGGAAAUUAGGUCAUGAGGAGAAAUGGUGUUAUAAGAAAAAUUCACUAAAAGAAGAUUGCAUCCAGAACACAAAUCAAUACUGUACCUGAAAAUUGACGAGAUUUAAAUUCAAUGAAUGGUCCGCGAACAGUUCUGUGAAAUUACCGAGAUACGGAAAUUUGUUGAAAAUAACAUUCGCGAGAUGUACACUGUUAUCGAGCAAACAAUUAUUGGAAGCAGUUCGGAUACCAGUCAUCUGAUAGUAUCAAAGAUAGGCUGCUAUGAUCUCGUUGGAAUUAUAUUCGCGAAAAUAAACAUAGAUGAGAUAGAAAAUCCUGACAGUGUAAUUACACAAAAUGCCUUUGAUGACGUAGUAACUGGAAAAGAACUGGUAAAAAAUCUAACAGCAACGCACAACACGUACGUAUGUUUAAGACACCUGAUCCAGAACACAAAGUGAUAAUAAGACUACUACGGUUCUGCAUACAAUUUUUCCAUAUCAGUUGUCUGCUUAAGAACAAAUGAAGGUGCCUACAUGGGCAUCUUGGCUGAGAGUAAGAAGAAGGAACAACUUGAUCUGGGCAAACCUUGUGGAUAGUCAGAAGCGGUACAAUCCUCAACAAACUUUGAAGGAAUAUCCGCAGAACUAUAAAAAAUUGGUUAAUAUAAGUAUAUAAUAUAAAUAUAAUCUGACUUGCUGUUCCUUGAACGAGGACAUAGAUGCUUGUGAUUACAAUGAGGCUGUUGUACGCAAUAAUCCUAACAAUAGAGCUACCACAAAAGAAAGCAUGAGUGUGUUAUUUGAAAGCGACGAACUAAAUAAUCACGAAUGCAUGGCAACGAUUUGUGGUGUGUUGAAUCAUAUGGUAUCAGAACAAAUAUCUGUAGCACCUGAUGACGAUGAUUUCGUGAUACCAACAUGGUUGAAACUAUUCUGCAAUGCAACGUUAAACUGUCCGUGCUGAAAAUUGUAUUGAACAUGCAAACCGUAUUCAAACCAUAUGCAAAAUAUUGUCUAAAGCCAAUAAUACGUUUGACCUAUUCGUAUUUAUUACGAAAUCCGUUGAACUAUGUAAUUACUGACAUUAUAGGGAUGUUAAUAAAUUGGCAGAGUGUAGCCCAACCUGACACAACUAAUGAGAAAAUCAUUGCGCAGAAGUUUUGGGAAAUAAUGAUCGACAAAGCUAUUGUGAACAAAACAGACGAGAUUUCUAAAACUGUUUACAAAUAUAACACGUAAAUGAUAAAAAUUAUCCUUGAAAUGUGGCAUACUUGUUUGAAAUUGCCACAGAAUUUAAAUAACAAAAUGCAGACUGCACCUGAAUCCACAGUAUAGUUGAUAUUAAUUUGUAUGGUGAACGGAAUAAUUGACAAGAUACUCGAAAAAAAGUAAUGUCUUAGAGUUUGCAGAGAAAUCUCUACAAAACUAGAAAGACGAUGAAGAGACUGUUUUGCAGUGUUGCGAAUGUUUUGGCUUUAUCUUGAAACACUUAGACGAGCACAAUAGUACUUCGAGCAGAAAGGAGCUCAUAAUUGAACGAAUUAAAAGCGUAUUAAAACAGAUGCAAAUAUCGUGUAUAUACAAACAAAUAAAAUGCAUUCGUGCAAUAUACAAAAGUUAUCCAGAUGCUGAAAUAAUUUAUUUCGACUUCGUUACUGCGAACAUGUUCUGGGUGGAUAAAAUGGAACAAUCAGAUUGCUUAGAAAUAUUUUUGCAGUGUACACCAAAGCUCAAUGUAGAACGGGUAUUGAAAGAAUUAGAAUACAUGAAGUUUCAUGUGAUCUAUUAAAAAACAAAGUUUUACCUUAUGUGAAGAUAGCAUUGCAGGUCACUCAUACUUUGGUUUCUAUUGUUUCUACAUCGUAUCUAUUGUCUCAAACUGCUUUGGUGUUACAUAUAUCAAAUAUGAUUCUUUUGAAUACAGAGAAUGCGCCUACGACAUAUUUAUAGAUAUUUAUAAGAAGUAUGUUGAAGAUACGUCUGAUGAGGAUGAUGUAAGGAAAUGGUUGUACAGUAGCAAAGAAAUGUUAUUUAAUGGCAUAUUAGAUCCCACUGAACAAAUACAAGAGAAGAUUCUAAACUUUUGGACUCAAGAUGCACACCUAGAGCUCACUUGUGAAGAAAGAUUACUGAAAUGUUUGAAUGUGUAUACAUUUGGUUCUGGUUGCUGCUACAAUGAUUAUAAAAUCACACCCUGAUGGAGAACAAGAAAUCUUGGAUCGAAAGCUCUUGUGUUUGUUCCAUCUCUUGCUGGUAAAAUGAACCAAACGUUUAACCAAAUGAGUGCUUCUUUUACAAAUUCGUUCGAUUCUGAAUAUUUUUAUCGAUUCAGAAUGUAUGAAUUCUAUAAGCUAAUAUGCUCGAAUGAGCCCACAUCAUGAUGAGGAGACUUCCACAGAAGAAUCCUCCUAGGCCUCAUUGAGGUCCGAUGACCAUUCAGUCUCCUAUUAAUAUUAUAAGAGCCGAGUCUAGCAUGACGGUUGACGCUUCUGUCAUGUAUUACUUUAUUUAUGUUAGACUUGGAGGCACAACCCCACAGCUCUAUUUUCCAUAUGUCCAUAAGGGCUUUAAUAUUAAAUUUGUUCGAAUCUAAAUAUACAUCGUCAUAUAUGAACACAAAUGCCGAGUUUGACCUACAGGCCACACAAGAUCCAGAAUAUGAAUCGAACUUUGGCGACGACGAACCUAUAUCAAUAUCCGUUAUAAAACAUGUUCAUUUUAACUGAUGUAAUCUAUUACAGGAUGAAAUCCUGAAAGCCGCUGUGAUGAAAUAUGGGAAAAAUCAAUGGAGUCGAAUAGCAUCCCUCUUACAUAGAAAAUCUGCCAAACAAUGUAAAGCACGAUGGUUCGAAUGGUUGGAUCCAAGCAUCAAGAAAACUGAAUGGAGCAGAGAGGAAGACGAGAAAUUGUUGCAUCUUGCCAAAUUGAUGCCUACACAAUGGAGAACCAUUGCUCCAAUUAUUGGACGUACUGCAGCUCAAUGUUUAGAACGUUAUGAAUACUUACUUGAUCAAGCUCAGAAGAAAGAAGAAGGAGAUGAUGCAGCAGAUGAUCCUCGCAAACUCAAACCAGGAGAAAUUGAUCCAAAUCCGGAAACAAAACCAGCUAGACCUGAUCCAAAAGAUAUGGAUGAAGAUGAACUGGAGAUGUUGUCUGAGGCACGUGCCAGGCUUGCAAAUACUCAGGGCAAGAAAGCAAAACGUAAAGCUAGGGAGAAGCAAUUGGAAGAAGCCCGCAGACUGGCUGCUCUACAAAAACGUAGAGAAUUGAGAGCUGCUGGUAUUACUGUCUCGCAAAAAAAUAAACGGAAACGUGGGGUUAAUUACAACUCUGAAAUUCCAUUCGAGAAACGGCCUGCAACAGGAUUUUAUGAUACGUCGAAUGAGCAUGUAGAUCCACUCGCUGUCGACUUUUCUAGGAUGAGACAGCAACAUUUAGAUGGUGAAUUGAGGCAAGAGAAGGAAGAAAUGGAACGAAGGAAAGACAAGCAGAAGCUAAAACAACGCAAGGAGAAUGAUAUUCCAAUGGGAAUGCUCAAUAAUGAAGAGCCAAUAAAGAAAAGGAGUAAAUUAGUUUUACCAGAACCACAGAUAUCUGACCAAGAAUUACAACAAGUUGUUAAACUUGGGAGAGCAUCCGAGGUUGCUCGUGAGGUUGCAACUGAAAGUGGAAUCACAUUAUCAGAUAGUUUGCUUGCCGAUUAUUCUCUACCAACAAAUACAGCUAUAACACCUCGCACCCCAGCUGCUACUGAUAGAAUUCUGCAAGAAGCCCAGAACGUUAUGGCCCUUACUCACGUAGAUACUCCAUUAAAGGGUGGUUUAAAUACACCAUUAAACAAUUCAGACUUUACCGGUGUUGUUCCUACUGCAAACGCCAUAGCUACACCAAAUACAAUUUUGGCUACACCUUUUCGUUCGCAACGUAGCGACGGAACUCCAGCAAAUUCUUUCAAUACGCCGACUUCUGUACGAACACAGAACGGAGUUCUGGCAACUACACCUGUUCGUGACAAGCUCAGCAUUAAUCCAGAUGAGAAUAUUGAUGGUUCAGAGACUCCUCUGGUUCAGAAGCAAGUUAAAGAACAAUUACGUGCUGGUCUCAGCACUCUUCCAGCCCCACGGAAUGAUUAUGAAAUAGUAGUCCCUGAAGGGGAAAAUAAAGAUGAAAAUGCAUCCACACCUGCGACUGAAAUCGUCGAAGAUCAAGCUGAUAUAGACGCCAGACGACAGCAAGAAUUAAUGGAGCAGAGAAAGAGGGAAUUAUCGCGUAGAUCACAAGUUAUACAACGAGAUUUACCACGGCCUAUUGAUGUGAACAUGAAUAUUUUGAGGCCGUUUAUGGAUACUUCGUUAACAGACUUGCAAAGGGCUGAGGAAUUAAUUAAAAGAGAAAUGAUCACAAUGAUGCAAUAUGACUCACUGCAAAAUCCAUUGCAACAAAAUCGUAAGGGUGGCUCGAGUUCUGUAGCUCAAGCUUAUUUAGAACAGCAUCCCUACAUUAACUUUGAUGAAGACGACCUUACUGCGGCUAAAAAACUCUUAAUCGAAGAGAUGUCAGUUGUAAAGGAUGGUAUGGCACAUGGAGAGCUCAGUUUAGAUUCUUACACAACAGUGUGGGAGGAGUGCUUGUCCCAGAUUUUGUAUUUGGAAACCCAGAAACGUUACACACGAGCGACUCUAGCUUCGAAAAAGGAUAGAGUGGAAGCGUGUGAAAGAAAAUUGGAAGAAAAUCGAAUGCACAUGACUGGAGAAGCUAAACGAGCUGCUAGAAUGGAAAAAAAACUAAAAGUUCUCACUGGAGGAUACCAGACUAGAGCACAAGUAUUAACGAAACAGUUACAUGAUUUAUGGGAGCAAAUAGAGCAGGCACAUUUAGAACUUUCGACGUUCAAAUUUUUACAAACCCAAGAAGAGGCAGCGGUACCAAGACGAGUAAAUGCACUUAUGGAAGAUGUUAAUAGACAAACAGAGCGAGAACGUGUUUUGCAAGCACGAUACGCGCAAUUACAAGAUCAGUUGCAAUAAUAUUGAAUAUCGGUAAAAUCAUGAUUCAUUGUACUAUACAUUUCGAAUACUGUAGACGUUUUAUGAAAUAUAAGAACUUACUUUGCAUAUUUAAAGAAA